AAAUUAGAAUCUGAUGAAGAAAGGAUAAAAUUAGGAAAAGAUAUUUACGACCAAUUUAUCAUGAAGGAAUUGUUAUCACAAUCACAUACCUAUUCAAAAGCAGCUGUGGAUCAUGUACAAGAGGCAUUAACUGCUGCACAAAGAACUAAAAGUUUAUCAUCUAAUAUUUUUGAGCCCUACAUAGAAGAAAUAUGUAAUUCCUUAAGAUAUCAUAUAUUUGAGAAGUUUUUAGAAAGUGAAAAGUACACAAGAUUUUGUCAAUGGAAAAAUCUAGAACUUAAUAUACAGUUAACGAUGAAUGACUUCAGUGUACAUAGGAUUAUUGGGCGAGGUGGCUUCGGAGAGGUAUAUGGUUGUAGGAAAGCAGAUACAGGCAAAAUGUAUGCAAUGAAAUGCUUGGAUAAGAAGAGGAUUAAGAUGAAGCAGGGAGAAACUCUAGCUUUAAAUGAGAGAAUAAUGCUAUCUCUAGUCAGCACAGGGCAGGAAGGCAGCCCUUUCAUUGUGUGUAUGACAUACGCGUUCCAAACACCGGAGAAGUUGUGCUUCAUCUUAGAUUUGAUGAAUGGAGGUGACCUUCACUAUCACUUGUCCCAGCAUGGUGUCUUCUCAGAGAGGGAAGUCCGUUUCUACGCUGCCGAGGUCAUCCUAGGAUUAGAACAUAUGCACAACCGAUUUGUGGUGUACCGAGAUUUGAAGCCUGCAAAUAUUUUAUUAGAUGAAAAUGGCCAUGUGAGAAUAUCAGAUUUAGGUUUAGCCUGUGAUUUUUCCAAGAAGAAGCCACAUGCCAGCGUGGGAACACAUGGGUAUAUGGCUCCUGAGGUCCUAUCUAAGGGAACACCAUAUGACUCCAGUGCUGACUGGUUCUCUCUAGGCUGUAUGCUGUACAAAUUACUAAAAGGACAUAGUCCCUUCAGGCAACACAGAACCAAAGACAAACAUGAAAUUGACAGAAUGACCAUGACUAUGAAUGUAGAGUUGCCAGAUUCCAUGACGUGUGAAAUGAAGGCUCUAUUGGAAGGACUACUACAGCGGAGUGUAGAUGACAGACUAGGCUGUAUGGGCAGGGGAGCCCAGGAGGUGAAGGAACAUCCAUUUUUCCGAACCAUUGAUUGGACUCAGGUGUACCUCCAGAAAUAUACUCCGCCUCUCAUUCCCCCAAGGGGCGAGGUCAAUGCAGCCGAUGCUUUCGAUAUUGGGUCCUUUGAUGAAGAAGACACAAAAGGCAUUAAAUUAGCAGAAGCUGACCAAGAAUUGUAUCGGAACUUUCCAUUGGUCGUCUCAGAGAGAUGGCAACAGGAAGUGGCAGAGACGGUGUUUGAGGCAAUCAAUACCGAUACAGACAAGCUGGAGCAGAAACGGAAGCAGAAACCAAGAAUUGAUGAUGUGGAUGUUGGUCCAACAGACUGUAUAGUGGAAGGAGAAGUGCUAAAGUUAGGAGGACCUUUUCUACAAACAUGGCAGAAGAAACACCUCAAAUUGUAUCCCAAUAGAUUAGAAUUUUACAGCAAGAACAAAGAUGGACAAGUUGUUCGAGGAAAAGGAGUGGAGUUGGUGUCAAUGUUGGACAUUAAGGAAGUGUAUCAAGAAUUUCAGAAGUUGAAUAAAACAGAAAACUGUAUAGUUAUAGUACAGAAAAAUGACACAAAGCUAGCCAUCACUUCUCCUGACAGGGUACUGAUAAACCAAUGGAAGGAUGAGAUCAUCAGUGGAUACAAGACCUCUACACAGAUGAUGGCUCAGAUGACAACCAAAGCUAGCAAGAUGUAUGGUGCGGCUAUCGCUAAUAGUCCUAGCUCAGAAAACUUCAAACCCCCUCUAGAACAUAGAAACAGCAACGGAAGCUAGGCUAAAACCCAUUUAGUCUGAGUUAGCAUGUCAGAAACAAGUGUCGCUUACCAGUGGGCAUCCUGUGAGAUAUCACCUGUGUAUGGAAUCUCCUCUCCAGUUGUGAAGGGCAACCUUGUUUCUAUAACAAAGAUAUCUAUUGAAUGUUUGAUCCAAGAGUUGUUGAUUGAAGGUCGUCACUCUGUGGAAAAUAUUUUAAUUUCAAAUAAAACCUAGGAAUAUAUUUAUGUUCUACCAGAGAUCUGAUGCAAAUCCAAAAUAAAAGCUGUUGAGGAAAGCUGCACACUUGUUGGCCAGCCUGAACAGCAGAAGUCCGGCACUGUGGAUUAUUUUGUGUAUUUCUUUGGCUGGAAUGAAUAUUUAGCUGUAUUUAAAAUAUUUAUUCAUUUUGUGCCAAUCAUCAAAUAUCAGAAAAACAAAAAUAUGAGA